GGAUGACACCAUGCCACCCGAGAAGCCUUUCCAGCCAGCUGCAAAUCCCAGCUUAGGAUCAUCUCAAGGCUUUCCUUCAAAGGCCAGAAAAAAGUCCAUUCUAGAAGAUGACUUCUUCAGCACCAUGGCAGCCCAGGCAGGUGCAGAUGCUGAGUUUUCUGAUAUCUCAGAUGCAGACCCACAGGCUUUGCUACAGUCUCUGAAGGAUAUGGAUGACAUGGAUGCUGACCUCUUAGGCCUGAAGAAAUCGAAUCAGGCCAGUAAUAAAACAGCUACAAAAGGUUCUGCAAAAGAGGAGUUUCCUGGUGACUUCUCUAGACCUACAGGAAAACCAAUAGCCAAUGAGAAAGAAGAUACUACUAAGAAGCCUGUGCCUUCCACUGGGAGCACUGGACGCCCAUACAAGAAGUUUUCCUUUGAUGAUUUAGAGGACCCUUUGGCAGGACUUCUGUCUGAUGAAGAGGAAGGAAUUGCUAAGAAGCUGCAUAUGAAAGAGACUAAAACAGUUCCUGAAAAGAAUCCUACCAUACUUAAAAAUCAAGCUCCUGUUGACACCCCUGCCCUAAAGAAGGAGGAGUUGAAGUUUGAUGAUGGGGAUGACUUCAUGGCCACCCUUGGGUUUGGAGACAGUCCUAUGGCAGAGCGGAAGCAUGAAAAGGGAGACCAGGAUGGCCCCCGCCCUGCUCGCUCUAAACUGGAUGAGCUGCUGGGACGAGGGACUGCCUCCAAGCUUCUGGAGCGACCAGGCACUGGGGAGCUCCGGGAGUUCAGGUUGGAUAAGAAGUACCAGAAGCAGCCUGAUAAAGAAGACCCCUGGGGAGAUGAUGACUUUGCCUUUGGAGCCUACCAGCCCACAGUGGCCUCCUCUGAGAGCCGACAGUCCCGCAGACAGUCUGUCAGAUUCUCAGCAGAGAGUCUCACCAAUCCUAAGGGAGAGCAGUGCUCCAAACAGAGUACACCUGUCACAGCCAGCCCUGCUCAUACUGCAAAGGGAGGAGCUGACUGGUUGGGCCUCAAGGAUGAAGACUUUGACCUGCUCCCUCCAUCUCCCACCAAAGAUUCCAGCAAGGUUGGCUCAGCAAUGGCUACACCUUCAGGAACUAAUCCUUCACCCCGGCACUCUGCUCCAGCCAGGCACUCUGCUCCAGCCAGACUGCCAGUGUCAGGGAUGAAGGCACCUCCCAAUGCUACAGCUGACCUUCACAAACCCAACCUGGCUCCUAAUCUGGGAACAUCAGAGGAAGACAAAGAGGACGAUUGGCUAAGCCAUGCCUUGUCUCGGAAAAAGUCUCAGAAUUUAGCUAAGGAAGAGCAGCCUGGGACUUCUAAGGGCCUGAGCCUCACUGAAACAUCAGAUCUUCCCUUGGUCAGCCAACCUGUUGUCAGUACCAAAAGGCCUGAGCAAACAGCUGCCAGAGGAACCUCAGGGACAGCACAAGAAACUGAACCUGCAUGCCCCGAGGGCAAUGGAGUUCCUCAGACCGAUGCCCACUCCUGGACACCAGCUGCCCCUGUACAUCCUGCAGCUGAAGCAAAAAGAGACACUUUUCCUGGAGAAGUUCCCAGUACUGCUUGUUUCCGGAGAUCCCAAGAAUUAACAGGGACUUCCGUGCCUCUGCAGGGCCUCUUCCCAGAGAGCCUAGCCCUGAGUUUGCUCCCAGGAGGAGAGUAUCAGAAGAGGAUCCUGGCUGCACAGGCCCAGCUACAAUGUGGCACAGCAGAACUCCACGAGGAACUAUUAAAAAGUCAGGCCCGACAGGCAGAGCUGGAGACCCAGGUUCGGAAGUUAGAACUAGAGAGAACUCAGCAACGUAUCCUGCUAGAGAGUUUGCAGCAGCGGCACCAGGCAGACUUGGAGCUCAUUGAGAAUGCACACAGGAGUAGGAUCAAAGUGCUAGAGACAUCAUACCAGCAGCGGGAAGAGCGACUGCAGAGGGAAAACGAGGAUCUUACAGCUCAGUAUUUGUCUCACUGCCAGGAGGCAGAGCAUGCCCGAGCUGAGCUCCUGGCACAACACCAGCGUCGUCUUGCUGCUGCUGAGCAAGAGAAGGAUCAGGAGAUUGAGAGGCUCCAGAAUUUACAGCGGGCAUCCAUCCUAGAGAUACGUAAAGACCACGAGGAGCAGCUACAGAGAUUGAAGCGGCUGAAGGACCGAGAAAUUGAUGCUGUUACCAGUGCUACCUCCCAUACCCGGUCCCUCAAUGGGGUCAUUGAGCAAAUGGAGAAGUUUUCCUGUAGCCUUAAUGAGCUCUCAUCCCGUGUGGAAGCCACUCACCUUACCAACUCCCAAGAACUAGAGCUAGGAGCCCGUCAGCGUGAUAAGCAGCUCCAAGCCCUGCAGGAAAGGUUGACUCUGCAACAGCGGGACAUGGAGGAUGAGAGGAACAGGCUACAUGAGAUCAUUGGGAAGAUGGAGGCCCGACUAAGUGAGCAGAGCCGUCUCCUAGAGCAGGAACGCUGGAGAGUGAGUGCUGAGCAGUCCAAAGCAGAAUCCACACAACGUUCACUGGAGGAGCAGAGAAGGGUCAUGAACCAGCAGCUCAGCAUGGAGAGGGAGGAGUUGGAGAGGGCCAAGAGUGCUUUACUGGAGGAGCAGAAAUCAAUCAUGCAUAAGUGUGCAGAGGAGGGACGGCGGCUGGCCACAGAGUGGGCCGACUUCCAUGCCCAGCAAAAGCUAAGUAAAGAACGGGCAGAGCGUGAGGCCGAGCGCAUGCUGCAGGUGGACUCAAAGAGGGAAGGGACUAUCGUCAGUCUGGCCAAGGAACAAGCAGAGCUGAAAAUCAGAGCAAAUGAGCUACGACUCCGGGAGGAACAGUUGGCAGGAGAGCAGGAGACUCUGGAGCGUGAGCGGCAAGAACUAAGGCUGGAGAAGGAGAAGGUCAACGCAGCUGCCCUGCGCAUCAAACUCCGGGCCGAGGAACUGGAGAACAUGAGCAAGGUGGCCUCUCAGAAGUAUGAGGAGGGAGAGCGGACACUUCUGGAGGCUCACAAGCUGCAGUCAGAGCACCAGGCUCGGCUCCAGGUUGUGCAGCAACAGCAAGAACGACUCCGACAGCAAGAGCAGCAACUGCAUCAGGAGCAUCUGAAUUUGGCUCAAAAGAGACGGCAGCUGGAUCAUCUUCACCUGAAUCUUCCCUCUCCUGUUAUGGGGCUAGACCAUGGGAUCCAGGUCCUUAAUUCUUCCAGCCUGAAUCCUGUUCCCUCUUCUGCUGUUGCCAUUUCCCGACACAGCCAGCCUCCAGCAAGCCUGGGCUCUUCCCAUUUACAUGCCAAACUGGUGCUGCUGAAACACAUGGCUGAGAAGGACCGGGACUUUCUAGAGGAUGAGAAAUUCUUCUUGGAGACACUGAAGAAGACUUCCUAUAGCAUGACACCCCACACAGCCUGAGUGCCACUCUGGCCUUCCAGCUGGGAGAGCUCAGAUACUGGAAUCUUCACCUACUAUACUCUGCCAGCUUGUCUACUACUUCUCAUCUCAUGGCAUCAGCAGAGAUGGCACCACCACAAACCAUGCUGGGCUCCUCCCUUUGCCUCUGAGGCACCCUUUGGACUAUUUACACCCAUUUGUCCCAAGCAAAAACAUGUGUUCCCGAUCCCCUCGUUCAUUGUGCAUUAUCCAGGCAUGGCAUCUGCUUCGAUGAGGGAAGAAGAGCAGGGAACAGUUUUCUUCCAUUACCAUCAUGGCUAUGAUCCAUCUCAACACUGGGAGCUCCUUGUUGCUGGCCAAAUCUUGGUUGGCCUCCCUUCCUGCCAGAGUCAUGUCCUGCCUCUGGGCUAGAACAGGAUAAAUAUUUCUUGAUCACACAAUAACACAAAACACUUUAGAGGGUUCAGAGAAUAGAACCCUCAGUAGAUUUCCAUUUAAGGUCCCUCAGAUACCAUCUGAAUGAGCAGUACCAGCCCAUACCCAGCUGAGGGAAAUUGGGGCUAAUGUCAAGGCUCAGAGUCCUAAUGUUCCCACAGUAGUUAGAGUCGCCAAAAAUGACUUGGGUUGGCCAGGAAAGCAGCCCACAGAGCCUUGUACCUCAGAGAACUGAGGAACGGCUAACAGUUGACACAAGGUAUCCUGCCUGAUAGAAAACAAGGCCCUUCCCCAAAUCUUUUAGAUACCUGGCACUGGGAUGGGUUGGAGCAGGCAGAAUGGAACCAAGCAGACCUCUUUUCUGUAUGAUUUCUCCUGGAAUUUAAGUGAACUCCUGAUUUCCCCAGGUGUGCCACUUGUGCACACAAGUCCAUUCAUUCUCUUUGUUCCCUAACCCUGACCAGCUAAUUGGCUCAUUCAACUUGAGCACUCAGUCCUGCAGCUCGUUCAUCAGAUUCUUUCAUAUGUGCCGGGGGACCAGGGAGCUAGGGAAGGAAUGUUGCCCGUUUGUGUCACCUCUUAUGGAGCCAAGGCCAUGGGGAAAAUGAAGACAGACAGCACCAGAUGUCAGCUCCAUUCUGCUUCAGCUUCAGAGAGCAGCUAAUGGAGUCUAUUAUGUCCAGGCUUCUUCUGCCUUUUCAAUUUUCUAGCAUGUGAGUGAUGUGCCAAGACUGGCCAGGAAGAUGGUAGGGGAAAGGGAGGACUGGGGUAAUAGUAAUUGUUCCCUGAAGAACCAAGUUCAAUAUAGCUCUUCAAAUAAAAUCUCAUUUCUACUCUA